AUGACAUCGCAGCCAUACAAUAUUGCUAGACUGGAAUGUUCAACAAGUGAAUUAUUAAAAAAACAUGAGAAUUCUAUUCGAUUUUCUUCAAAAAAUAAGCGGUAUUUAUUUGAUUUAUCAAUGCAAUAUGCAAGAGACAUAAAUGCAAGAAUUGUAUAUUCGAGAUGGAGACCGAUUGAAAUUCCAGCAGACUAUAAUCCUAAAAGCAGCAAUACUGAACACAUAUUGAAACAUGAUGUAUUUGGAUAUGAACCAUCGAACGACUGUGAAUGGUAUUUAAACUUUGCUCAUACUCGUUUGUUUGUUGCAUAUUCUGGCUCAUUAUUUGCACAAGAUGAAAUGCAAGUAGCGGAAAACCCCUAUUUACCAAUGCUACUCGAAGAAAUCACGUUAAAAUCUCAGAAUAUAAUUGAAGUUACACCAUUGACAAGAACCACACAAGGACCAACACCAAUAUUAAUUCUCAAUUCGCCAAGAACAGUGUCUGUUGCUGUGAACAGAAACGUGGAAGAAGGCCGACCAGAUGGUCUGUAUGGCAAUGCAUUUGGCAAAGCAUCUUUAGAUGCCAUUAAAAAGGCAACAACACACUUAAAUCCACCAACUAUGAUCAAUUUAAUUGCAAUGGAAGCACCUCCUAGUGGAUAUGGAACAUAUUCGAGAGAACAAAUUGUUCAUAUAUUUCAAACAGCCUAUACGGGCUUUUUUGCAGCCAGAGAAGAAUCAGAGUCAGGUAAGAAAUGUGUCAUUCAUACAGGAUUAUGGGGUUGUGGAGCAUAUGGUGGAAAUAAAAUUUUAAUGACAAUAUUACAAAUUCUGGCGGCUAGAGUAGCCAGAAUAGAUGUAAUUAUUUAUCAUAUUAUGCCACAUGAGUCUACACAAGUUUAUUAUGAUGCACUGAAAUUAUUAGAUGAAGACUUAAUUCCACAAUGCAGUGACACUUCACAACAUGGAAUUGAUCUGUUGGACAUGGUGGAAUUAAUUUAUAAUUACAAGUUUAAAUGGGGAGAAAGUGAUGGAAACUAA